GCCAUGUCUCGCUACAGCCUGCACAACCUCCUGGACUGGAUGUACGGGGGGGUUGACCCCAGCUUUGCCGGCAACGGGGGGCCCGAGUGCGCCGCCUUCCUCUCGGGGAAGCAGCGCUUGCUGGAGAGUUUGGUCUUCCUCAGCGUGGGCAUCGUGGAGAUCCUCGUGUCCCUGUGGAAGCUGAGGCAGCCGCAUGUCAGGGAGCUGGAGAACCUGCUGCAGCAGCCCCAGGCUAAGCAGGAGAGCUUGGGCAAGAACGCGCUGCUGGUGCUGCUCUGCCUCAUCUUUGGGCUGGAGGUGGGGUUCAAGUUUGCCACCAGGACUGUCAUUUACCUCCUGAAUCCCUGCCAUGUGGUCACCAUGAUGCAGAUUUUUCUUCUUGCCUGUCCCCCAUGUCGGGCUGCAAUGAUUCUCUUCAGGUUGCAGAUGCACAUGCUGAAUGGGGCCCUCUUGGCAUUGCUGUUUCCUGUUGUCAAUACACGCCUGCUUCCAUUUGAAACGGAAAUUUAUUACAUCCAGCAUGUGAUGCUCUAUGUGGUGCCCAUCUAUCUGCUGCAGAAAGGAG